AUGCUUCAAGGGUUCCAGCUGUUCGACUAUGUUUCAAAUUCUAGAAGAAAAAUUAGCCAUCAAUUUGUAACAGAUAAUGGGUCUUUUGCUGCUAUUCGUAAUGAUUUUCUUGAACAUAUUAACAAUUAUGUGCUCAACAGAUUAUACACGACCAACUGGUCUAAAUUAAAACCAUUGAAGUUUAUAAAUAUGUCAGUGUCAGAUUUGGAACUAAAAGAAUGUCAUUCAUUAAUAUGUCCAUAUUAUAGUUUAGUUGAUUUUGUGACUUCAUAUAAAGAAGCAUCUGGACAUUCUGAAAUUAAGAUGAGCUUAUUUCAACUAGUCUUCUCAAGAUAUUGA